AAACCUAGGAAAAAAAAUCCAAUGGCAACAAGAUCAAAGAACCCAAGAACUCCCUUCUCCGUCUCCAUCACCCCUUCUCAUUUACAUCACUGUCUUCUCCUCUCCCCCAAGAAGAGAUUAAGACAAUACCCAUCUCACACUCCCAAGCUCUUCUCCUUCACCUCUCCUAACCUCUCUCUCCUCUUCCUCUUCCUCUUCCUAUUCCUCUUCACCUUCGUUGGAAUCUCGAAAAUCUACCUCCUACCAAUUUCAGAUCGCUCCAUGAGGUGGGAUGUUUUCCCUUCAUCUUCCUCUCCUUUCCCUUCUUUCUCAUCUCUUCCCUUGUUCCUCACGUCCCAUUUUGUAUCAAACUGGGGAGGGGAUUCUUCUGAGUGUCUGGAGAGUGCCAUGAUGCCAUUCCCGAUCAACCGGUUUGGUCUGAAUCUGACAGAUGAGGAGCAGGAGUUCUGGCGACAGCCAGAUAGGCUUGGCUACGGGCCAUGUAUUGAGUUUGGAAUUGAGUACCGGAAGGCUUCGGCGAGGAUUGUUAAUGAGAAGAGGAAGUUCUUGAUGGUGGUUGUUUCUGGCGGAUUGAAUCAGCAGAGGAAUCAGAUUAUCGAUGCGGUUGUGGUCGCGAGGAUUCUUGAAGCGGCCUUGAUUGUGCCGAUCUUGAAGGUUAAUAUGGUUUGGGAGGAUGAAAGUGAAUUUUCAGACAUUUUCGACGUGGAACAUUUCAAAAGAACUCUGAAGUCUGAUGUUUGGAUCGUUUCAUCCCUUCCCUCGACACAUCUGAUCCCAAAAUCUUCCAUUGGGAACCGGAUUCCUAUAAACGCUUCUCCUUUAUGGAUCCGUACGAGAUUCCUAAAACAACUCAACGAAGAAGGCUUGCUUCUAUUGAAUGGGGGGUUCGACUCCAAGCUGUCUAAAAAUCUUCCCUUGGACCUUCAAAGGCUCCGUUGCAAGGUGGCAUUCCAUGCGUUGAGAUUUGUGGCGCCGAUCCGAGAGCUUGGAAAUCUGAUGGCCAGGAGAAUGCGGACAGAAGGGCCGUACAUCGCACUCCAUCUGCGUCUAGAGAAGGAUGUGUGGAUCAGAACCGGAUGCCUGCCGGGAUUAGGGCCGGAAUACGAUGGCAUCAUCAAGAGGGAGAGGGAGUCCCAGCCUGAGCUCCUCACAGGAAGCUUGAAUAUGAACUCCCAUGACCGGAAGUUGGCCGGACUUUGCCCUUUAAACGCUCUAGAAGUUGCCAGAAUAUUGAAAGCGCUCGGUGCACCCCGGAGUGCACGAGUGUACAUGGCAGGAGGUGAGCCAUUUGGUGGGCUGCAAGCUCUGCAGCCUCUCAAGGCAGAAUUUCCAAAUCUGGUCAAGAAAGAGAUGUUGGCAUUCAAUGGAGAAUUGGAGCACUUCGCAAACCGGUCAUCAGUACUCGCUGCCAUCGACUACAUUGUGUCCCUAAACAGCGACGUUUUCAUGCCCUCCCAUGGUGGAAACAUGGGGAGUGCCUUGCAGGGACACCGAGCUUAUGUGGGCCAUAGGAAAUACAUAAAGCCCAACAAACGUGUGAUUUUGCAGUUGUUGAUGGAGACAUCGCUCUCGAACGCCGAAUUCAGUGUUGCCAUGAAGCGAUUGCAUAGAGGAUUGCUUGGGCAGCCAGAGAUCAGGACUAAGAAAGGUGAGCGCGAUGUGAUUGCAUAUCCAGUGCCGGAGUGCAUGUGCAAGCGACGCACUGUCCUCUUUUGAACUGUGAAGAAUCUAGUUCACUCAUCUAAUAGCUCAACGAGGAUCACAUUUUCAGAGAUUUAAGUUUGGUUUUGUGGGAAAUUGAAAUGCAUGGCAGGCUUAGAUUUUCUCGUAUUUUUCUUUUUCCUUAAUUUGCGUAGUACUCGGGGUGGUAAUGAGCGACUAGAAUCAACCAACUCAAUCAACUCAUUGAGUCUCGGACAACUCAGU